CAUGUUUCCGGUGGCUUGUUUUAGAUCCCUGCCCGAGCUUAGGAGGAGACAUAUAUCUGCUUCCCUCGGCGAGGACGCACUCGACCGGGACCGGGACCGCGCAGGCUCCUUCUCGGGGUUCUACCUCUCACGAAGCCACCGGAACAUCCGGGAGACAUUUUGGAUCCGACUCCCGGUCAACGGGCACGGAGAGCCGCACUGGCCGCCGGGACAGGAAUGGCUCGGCCGAGGAAGAAAAGCUCUCCGGGGUGUUCAUGAGGCGCGAGGGUGGGGGGCGGUAGAAACUAUUCUUUAUUGACUUUAUUAUCACCACAACAACUAGUUUAUUGACUUUAUUAUCACCACAACAACUAGUUUAUUGUUUAUUUACUUUGGUGAACGAGAGAGGGAAGCACAGCCGCGCGAGGACAGGCUGGGAGGACAUUUAAAGAGAAGAAGAAGAAGAAGAAGAAGAUGGGAGGCAGACUGCUGGAGGUCUGCUGUCUGCUGCUGCUGACCGGAAACUCACUCUGCACAGACUCCCAGCAGACAGAACACCUCUCUUCCUAUCAGCUGACUGUCCCUCGGCCAAUAGGAGGCCGGCUGAGGCGGGACGCGGACGGCAGACCCCCCAAUCAGGUCUCUUAUGUCAUCAGCCUGGAAGGAAACGACCACAUUGUUCACUUGGAGAGAAAUGAACUGCUGCUUCCUGCAGACUUCACUGUGUUCUCCUACAGUCAGAACGGAUCACUCAAGACAUCCAGACCACCUGUACAGGACCACUGUCACUAUCAGGGCUUCGUUCAGGACAUGGAGGGUUCUGCUGCUGCUAUGAGCAUCUGCAACGGCCUCAGAGGAGUGUUGCAUCUUGCUGACGACAGCUACGGCAUCGAGCCAUCAGACUCCGCCCCCGACCAGCACCUGGUGUACCGCCUUCAAGACGUGACAUCAGAGCCUCGGGGGUGUGGCACACCGCACGGUGACAGGCACGGCCAUGACGACAACGCCACGGAGCACGCUCAGUACAAACCAGAGGAAAUCCACCACAGAGGCCACAGCAGGAUCAAGCGAGCUGUUCUCCAUCAGACUCACUACGUGGAGCUGCUGCUGGUGGUCGACAAUGACCGGUAUAAAUAUUUAAACAAAAACGAGACGGCUGUGAGGGACGAGAUGGUUCAUCUGGCCAACUUCAUAGACAGCAUCUACCAGCAGCUGAACGUGCGCGUGGUCCUGGUGGGGCUGGAGAUCUGGACCCAGCAGAACCUCAUCAGCACCGACGGAGGAGCCGAAGAAGUGCUGAGUCGCUUCACCCAGUGGAGAGAGAGAGACCUGGUGUCCAGACGACGCCAUGACUCAGCACAACUCAUCCUGAAGAAGACUUUUGGGGGAACAGCAGGAAUGGCCUUCGUCUCCACCAUCUGCUCCAGGAGCCACGGGGGCGGGAUCAACGCGUUCAUCAAUAACAACGUCCCCUCGUUUGCCUCCAUCGUUGCUCAUGAACUUGGUCAUAAUCUCGGGAUGAACCACGAUGACGAUCGUGCAUGUUCCUGUGAGACCGCCUGCAUCAUGAACUCUGGAGCCACAGGAUCCAGGAACUUCAGCCGGUGCAGUGCUGAUGACUUUGAGAAGAUGAUCCUGUUGACGGGGGGGUCGUGUCUCCUGAACGUCCCCCGUCCUGACGAGGCCUACAGCGCCCCCUACUGUGGGAACCGGCUGGUGGACAUGGGGGAGGAGUGUGACUGCGGCACGCAGAAGGAGUGUGAGGAGGACCCCUGCUGUGAGUAUCACACCUGUAGACUGAAGUCAGGAGCUCAGUGUGCUUCUGGAGAGUGCUGCUACAACUGUCAGUACCUCCCAGGUGGCUCCGUGUGUCGCUCCAGCUCUGAUGAAUGUGAUCUACCUGAGUUCUGUAACGGAUCCUCGUCUCUCUGUCAGAGUGACGUCUUCAUCCAGAACGGUCAUCCCUGCAGCCUUCAGGCCGUCUGUUAUAACGGGAAAUGUCAACAUUAUGAUGGACAGUGUCAGGCCAUCUUUGGAUCCAAGGCGAAAGCAGCUCCUGAAAUCUGUUUCAAAGAGGUCAACAGUAAAGGAGAUCGCUUUGGCAACUGUGGCUACCACAACUACGGCCACAAGAAGUGUGAGAGCAGAAACGCGCUGUGCGGGAAGCUUCAGUGCUCCAACGUUCAGAUGGCCACGGUGUUCGGCAUCAAACCGGCGAUCAUCAGCACGCCGAUAGGAGGAGCCACGUGUUACGGAGUCGACUUCAUGCUCGGCUCAGACGUCACCGACCCGGGCAUGGUCAACGAGGGGAGCAGGUGUGGGGGGGACAAGGUCUGCAUGAACUUUGAGUGCAGCAGCGUCAACGUCCUGAACUACGACUGUGACGUAGAGAAGAAGUGUCACGGACACGGGGUGUGUAACAGUAACAGGAACUGUCACUGUGAAGAAGGCUGGGCUGCACCUUUCUGUGAGGUCAAAGGUUACGGAGGCAGUGUGGACAGCGGACCCACCUGGAACGAUAAAGACACGUCCGUCAGAGACGGUGUGCUGGUCUUCUUCUUCCUCGUCCUUCCUCUUCUCGCUCUGGGUGCGUUUGUUUUCCUGCGCAGGAACGAGCUGCUGCGUCGAGUCGGGCUGAGCCGUAGGAAAAGGUCUCAGGGAAACCAGGCUGACGGCGGGGCUUCAGCCAAUCCCAGCAGAGGACCGCCCAGAGCGCAGCCUCCUCCUGUCACCCGCGGCAACGGCAACAACUUCGUCAAAGAUUGGCACACCACUCAGCUGCUGCCGCCACAGCAGGUGGUGGAGACCAGCAGGACGGCUUCCUCCUACGCGCUGAGGCCGCCGCCUCCUCCUCUAAAACCGAAACUUUCUGGUGCAUCUCAGCCUCUUGUGCCUCAAAGACCCGCCCCCGCUCCACCUGUUUAACCAAUCAGCGGGCCCCGCCCACCACACCUGGAUGACACCCUUUCUCCUCUUCUCCUCCUCAUCAUCUUCAACCGCCAGGAACGGAUUCUGGAGCUCAAGAUGUCCGACAGUUGGUCCUGGACUACCGUACGAAAACUGGACCGCUCCACCAGAAUACUGGACCCAGUCAGAACGGACUGGGAAUUUACCAGAACUGAACAGAAGCAGCUGCUGUUGUACAGACUUUCUUUCUUUAUAUCUAGUUCAGUCUGGAGACAAAGCUCAGCCAAUCGGGGGACGGCUCUGUCACCAAACCAGCCAAUCACAUGUCCAUAACAGACACAUCUCACAGCCAAUCGUUCCAUGACAUCGUCUGCCAGAAAGCUAAUAAUUAUAUUUACUUGAUUUAGCAUGCUGGCCAGCUGACAAACAGUAGCUAGCUUACAUUUUGGGUCAUAAGGUCAUAGCUAAUGCUAGUUAGCUGCAAUGUUUCACUGCUAGCAUUACCAAAUAUCUGCAGUCAGCUAGCCGUUUUGAUAGCUAAGCUAAGCUAAGCACGCUUCCUCACCGUCGACAUGUUUAGCUAGCAGUUUAAUUUUAAAGCUCAGGAUUCUAGUUCAUGAGCUCAUUUGUUUCACGUCCCGGAUUUCAGAAAGAUGGAGGCAUUCUACCGUGUAGCUAGCUAAACGUUAGCUUUUUUUACUUCUUCUGAUUGUAUUCGCGCUUCAAGAAUCAUAAAAGUGUUUUUCACUUAAAGAUAAUCUUGAUGAACAAGACGUUUGUUUGCCACAGAGAUUAUUCUGUUUGUGGAGGGAACCGGGGCGAUGCUAACAUGCUAACUUCCCGUUGACCUUCAUAGACACGUCGUCUCUGCAGCUUUGUGUACUAGCGAUAUUAUUACUCUGCACUGUGCAAUGUGAAAAUGUAACCACUAUAUUCAGCGCACGAAAAAAACGCGUAUUUUAUUGCUAAAACUGAGGUGCUUCACUCUGAUUGGCUGGUUUGAAGACUUAGAGGCCACUAGGGGCGGAGCCUACACUUGAACACAUCUCUCUGUUUUCUGCCUCUGAAUGAAGCGCUGUCAUCAGAAUGUAACGCACCCCUGCCUGCGGGUGCGCUUGGUUUCCACCACCCGGUUCUCUCCUUGUCCACAAUUGUAAAAAUCACAAUAUGCAACAGCGUGCUGAGUGCAGAGCUGCUCUGGGUUUUCACUUCCUGUCUGGAUCUCAAUGGUACGUUGAUGUUUGAGACUUCCUGCAGGGAAGAAACCCUGAACCCUGAACCCCAGAUGGUCCCAAGGUCACAGGGUCGCUGCCGAGUGAAAACACGGUUUCUUGGUGUUCAGACUCAAAGCAGCAGCCGGUGUUUCUGCUCUUGACUGAACCCUCAAUCACACAAACAAACAUGGGGAUCCUUCCGCCGCUGAAAAUAGUCCCCAACAAAGUCACUUUUUCCUCUUAUAUAAAAAUACAUAAUACCAGUUUUAUAAAGGUUUAAUUACUUUAUUGUCAUUUUGACAUCGUAAUAGGAAUCAACGAACAAACUGAUUUCGUUGAAAUGAUAAUUAAGUUAAUAGGAAUUUCCUGUCAGGACUGCAGUGAUUUAUUUUUAUCAAUUAAUGUUCCGUAUUUAUAAAUUAACUGUUUUGUCUAUAAAAUGUCAGAUUAAAUGGAAAAAAAUGGUCAUCGUCAAAUACACACACCUGAUGUCCUGAUUGAUUCAUCAAGGUUUAGUUUCUGAGCUCACAUUGAACCUUUUUUGUUUUUAAGGAUUUACGUCGUCAGUCGAUGAGCCUCAGCGAGGAAGUCAGACGUCGGUUUCACGCCUACUGGUGACCGACUUAGAGAUCAGAAGUCGGGUGUAUGCAGGCUGAGAGGCGGGACUCAGGGCUUCAGCUCCCUAUUCCUAAAGCUGCGUGAACCCUGAAGUCUGAUUGGUCGACAGGUGACGUGCUGAGAUCCUCAUCAUCUGUUUCUGUUAUAACAAAUUAUUUUAUGAUUUCUUGUUAUCCGUGGUAAUCACUUUCAUGUAUGAUGUUGCUGUGUCACGUGAUUGAUUUGUGUGUUAACUCUGACCUGGGAUCAGACCUCAGGAUCGUAACUGGAGCUGUUUGCUUCAUGUGAGGGUUUAAUACACGAUUCCAUCAGCGGACACUCGUAUUUAUCAAUAAACAUUUAAAUAAAAGGGUGUGGAAAUGUC